AUGUGUUUGACAGGGCGCUGGGUGGUGCCGUGCGACGGCUGCGAGUCGCGUGCCUCCUGCGUAUGGAGCGAGGCGCGCUGGCUGCCCUACGGCUGCGUGCACCGCCGUCUCACGCUGCCGCAGCUCCGGCGCUGCCUCCACAACAAGAAGCUGCUGUUCGUGGGAGACUCGACGAACCGCGGGAUGCUGCACUACGUGCUGGAGCGGCUCAACGCCAGCCUACUAGACGGCGACAAGACGCACGAGAUGCGCGUCUACCACGCAGGCGCCACCACGCUGGCCUUCGCCUACUACCCGCAGUUCUGGCUCGCGCCACCUCAGCGACCAGUCUUCGACAGGACGCUGUACAGCCUCAUCAACAGGUCUCGUCCGCUAGAGAACGACAGCUCUACGGUGCUGGUUGUGGGCGGCGUCCACUGGCUGGCCACGCACCAUCUGCACGUGCUGCUUCGAGUCUUACGCAGGGAGGGACUGCAGUCAGCACGCAUCGUCGUCAAGACGCUCGGUUCAGGCUUUCACAUCCCGUCCGAGGGCGUACACUACCUGCCUAAGGAACAGCAGCAGAAGCUGCUGAAGCACUCACAGGGACUGGCGGCGUUCGCGAGCCACCACCAAAUGGAGGUGGUCGACACGUUCAACAUGACGGCGGCGCGCUACAACGAUUUCCUACAGGGCAAAUGCGCCUGCCACUUCCAUAAGCUAGUGCGUAGAAAAGGCCGUGGUGGCGGGUACCACGUGACAGGGCACAUCAACGCACUCUACUCCGAGAUCCUCCUGAGUCGCAUCUGCCGCCAUGCCCCCUGA